AGACUGGCUUGCGGUGAUGUAUAUGGGAAGUUUGAUGUCCUGUUCAAUAGAGUGCGGACCAUCCAGAAGAAAAGUGGCCAGUUUGAUUUACUUUUAUGCGUUGGAAGUUUUUUUGGCAGCAGCCCUGAAAGUCAAGCCCUCUGGAAUGAAUAUAAAUCUGGAGCCAAGCAAGCUCCGAUUCAAACAUAUGUCCUUGGCGCAAAUAACCAGGAUACCGUGAAAUAUUUUCAAGAUGUUGAUGGCUGUGAGCUGACUACUAACAUCACCUACCUUGGUCGCAGAGGAGUGUUUACUGGUGCCUCCGGUCUCCAGAUCGCCUAUCUAAGUGGCAUAGAUUCCUCUAGUGAUCCAGCUCCUGCUUAUUGCUUUACUACCAAGGAUAUCACCUCUCUGAAGAUGUCUUUAUUAUCCAACACAAAAUUUAAAGGUGUGGACAUAUUACUAACUUCACCGUGGCCCAAAGAUGUGUGGAAUUAUGGCAAUCCUCCGACAGAUGUUAACCUGAAGACCUGUGGUUCUGAGCAGGUAGCUAGUCUUACAGCCAGCCUAAAACCCCGGUACCACUUCUCUGCUUUACAAGGACAAAACUAUGAAAGGCUCCCAUACAGAAAUCAUGUCGUCUUGCAGGAAAGUGCACAGCAUGUGAGCCGGUUUAUAGCCCUGGCAAGCGUGGGCAAUCCUGGUAAGAAAAAGUACAUCUAUGCAUUUACCAUCGUACCAAUGAGUUUGAUGGAUGCGACAGAGCUUGUGAAACAGCCACUAGAUGCCAGUGAAAAUCCCUACAGGAAAGCGGGAAAGGAAGGCAAGAAGAGUCAUUUGGCUACAGGCACAGAGGAUGAGCCUGCACAGCAGUUCUUUUUUGAUUUGAAGCAGUCGCAAGGAAAACGUCAGUCGGAUGGGAGGGGCAGCCAACAAGGCCAGGCAAAACAGCCAAGAAAACACCCACAACCCACUGGACCCUGCUGGUUCUGUCUUGCAAGCCCAGAAGUGGAGAAACACCUUGUAGUCAGCAUUGGAGAACAUUGCUACAUUGCCCUGGCAAAGGGUGGCCUUAUGUCAGACCACAUUCUAAUCCUGCCCAUUGGACACUAUCAGGCCAUGGUUGACCUCUCUUCUGAAGUGGUUGAAGAAUGUGACAAGUAUAAAGCCUCCCUAAAGAAGUUUUAUAAGUCCAAAGGGAAGCGAUAUGUGAUGUUUGAGCGGAAUUACAGGAGUCAGCAUCUCCAGCUUCAGGUUGUUCCACUUCCAUUGAGUUGCUGCACCACAGAAGAUAUUAAAGAGUCCUUUAUUGUGCAGGCACAGGAGCAGAACAUAGAGCUGCUGGAAAUACCCCAACAUACAGAUAUCAAGCAAAUUGUACAGCCUGGGACACCAUAUUUCUAUGUUGAGUUGGAUUCUGGGGAGAAGCUUUUUCAUCGAAUUAAGAAAAAUUUCCCAUUGCAGUUUGGAAGAGAGGUUUUGGCAAGCGAGGCCAUCCUGAAUAUACCAACCAGAGCUGACUGGAAAGCGUGCAAGUUGAGCCAGGAUGAAGAGGAGAGCCUGGCCAAGUCUUUCCGAAAGGAAUUCGAGCCAUUUGACUUCUCUUUACAGGACUAA